AUGUCAACUUUGCCGACACCGAUUCUUCAAGUUAUUCAGAAUCAACUCAUUCGUUAUGUAUCAUUAACAUUACUUGUCACCGGCACAAUAGGUAAUAUUCUUAAUUGUUUUAUUUUUACACGUCGUUCUCUUCGAUGUAAUUCAUGUUCGCUCUACUUUUUGGCAACGAGUAUUGCUAAUUUAAUAGCACUCUAUUUUGGUUUUAUGACACGUUUAUUAAUCACUUUUGGUAUCUAUUUAACACCAUCUCAAUCGGAUAUCUAUUGCAAAACUCGCACAUUUUUUACCUAUAUGCCUCUAUCAGUAUCAGCAUGGUUUGUAGUAGCAGCAUGUGCUGAUCGAUUUGCAUCAAGUUCGUCAAGUGUUCGAAUACGUUCAUUUAGUCAAACUAAAGUUUCUCAACGAGUUAUUUGUAGUAUCCUUUUUAUUCUAUGCCUUAUUUGGGCUGAAAUGUUCGUUUGUUUUAAUGGAAAUGCCAAUGGUACAACUUGUUAUCCAGCAACACCGUUUUGUAAUACAUUCAAUAAUUUUAAUCUACUAAUUUUUUAUAGUCUUCUUCCAUCUAUAUUCAUGUUUACACUUGGUUGGAUGACUAUUCGAAAUGUACGUCAUCGACCGUUUUAUCGUCGAUCGACUUUAAAAGAUCGUCAACUUACUAUAAUGCUGAUUGUUCAAGUUUUUUGUGUCGCAUUUUUAUCACUGCCAGUUUCUAUUCAAAAACUUUAUGCACAAUUUACUGUUAAUCAAAUGAAAAGUUCAGAACGUAUGCAAACAGAAAAUUUUCUUGCUACCAUUGUCAAUCUUAUUGGUUUGAGUAAUGCAUCAACAUCAUUUUACAUGUUUACAUUGUCGAGUCGAGUAUUUCGAAAACAGUUAAAAUCUUUAUUAUUCUUUUCAAGUCGACGACAAGCAGUUGUUGAACCUAUUCAACCAAUGAUGCGAAUGACAAAAAAUAGAAUUUGUUAUUUUCAACAACAAGAAGCAAAAACAAGAUUUUAA